AUCUCUCCGGCAAUUAGUCAGGGGUGGACUCCAGUUCUACUGACUUGAAGUUAUGGAAAAAUACUUUAAACGUACAUCUACGAUUUCCUGUGAUGAACAAAAUAUCGGCGAAAGGAAUGUUCGAAAGAAAAGGGAUGAAAACGAUGUUGGGGAUGUUGAUGUUGAUGUUGAUGUUGGAGAUGUUGGGGGUAUUGGAGACGUUGGAGAUGUUGAUGUUGGAUUUGGGGGUAUUGGAGACGUUGGAAAUGUUGAAGAUAUUGGAGAUGUUGGGGAUAGUGGAGGAAAUGUUGAGGAUAUUGGAGAUGUUGGAGAUGUUGGGGAUGUUGAUGUUGCAUAG